AUGUCGACAACAUCAGAAGUGGCGCCUCUCACGGCGCCAAUAUCUGUGAACCUCCCAGACGCGGUCGACAUCCUUAGCGAGGACCAGUGGGGGGUUCUCAUGGCACUCAUGGACACAAUCAUACCAGCAAUCCGCAUCCAGGACGCGUCACAACCCUCCAGAAAGCAUGAUACCUCAACGCUCUGUCUUCCUAGCGCCCAGUAUUCCGAGACAGCCAUCAAGCUCCGGAACGCCGUUGCUCCUCUCGACCCACCAGCCGACGCACUUGAGGCCUACCUUGCCGAACGGCCCUCGAACAACCCUGCCUUCACCCAACUCCUAAAAUGCGUGCUCUCAACCCUCCCUCCCAGUAAGCAACGGGAGCUACGCAUCCUCCUAGCCAUCUUAAACACACGCGCAGGCGGCCUGAUCCUAACCCGCCACGCCACCCCAUUCCCCUCCCUCCCGGUCACCGACCGCGUCAACAUCCUCCAGCACUGGGGCACCUCGCCGCUGUGGACGUUCCGGUCCCUCUUCAAAAGCCUGACCACGCUCGGCAAGCUAGUCCACAUCCGCAGCAGCGCCACCUUCUCGUCCCUAACCGGCUUCCCCGCCGUGCCGACGAGCUGGAUCUCCUCCUCCUCCUCAUCAUCCACCUCCCACUACCCAUUUGAAUUCCUGCAAUUCCACCCCCCGCCUUCCACCAACAACCCAAAAACCCCCGUCGAGAUCUCCACAGACGUCGUCAUCCUCGGCUCCGGAUGCGGCGCCGGCGUGGUCGCGCACCGGCUGGCCCGCGAAUUCGGCCCUUCUUCUUCCCUGCAGGUGCUGGUUCUCGAGAAAGGGCGGCACUUUGACGCCGGGCUUCACUUCCCGCUGUCGCAAGCCGCGGGCUUGGCGAGCAUGUUCGAGGCCGGCGGCGUGGUCGAAUCGGACGACGGGUCCAUCACCGUCACGGCGGGCAGCUGUUUCGGCGGCGGCGGCACGGUGAACUGGAGCGCGGCGCUGCAGACGCAGGAUUUUGUGAGGCGUGAAUGGGCUACUAGCGGCAGCAGCAGCAAGGAGGGAGGGUUGUUGGAGUUCUUUACGGGGGACGAGUUUCAGGCUUGCUUGGAUCGUGUGUGUGAGGUCAUGGGUGUUGAUGGGGAGGUGGUGACACCGAAUCAUGCGAAUCGCGUGCUGCUCGAGGGGGCGGAGAGGUUAGGGUACAAGGCGAAGGUUGUGCCGCAGAACUGUGGGGGCAGCGCGCAUGAUGAUGGGUAUUGUACGCUGGGGUGCUGGAAGGGGGAGAAGAAGGGCCCGGUGAACGGCUGGUUCCCGGAGGCGGCUAGGCAGGGGGUAAAGUUUGUGGAGGGGAUGCAGGUGGAGAGGGUGCUGUUCGAACAGAAGGGGGGGAAGAAGGUGGCGAGAGGCGUCCGGGGUGUGUGGACGUCGAGGGAGGGUGAGACGGUUGAUGUGGUUGUCCGGGCCAAGAAGGUCGUGGUCAGCUGCGGGACACUUUGGAGCCCCGUGGUGCUGCUAAACAGUGGGUUGAAGAAUCCUCACAUCGGCAAGAACCUGCAUCUGCACCCAGUCAACUUCGUCUCGGGAAUCUUCGACGAGGACGUCCGCCCGUGGGAAGGCGGGAGCCUUACCUCGGUGGUCAGCUCCUUCGAGAACCUGGACGGCAAAGGCCACGGCGUCAAGAUCGAAGCCAUGUCGAUGAUGCCGUCAUUCUGCCUCCCCUUCCUCCCCUGGACCUCAGGAACAGACUUCAAACUCCUCUCAGCCCACUACCGCCACGUGAACACCUUCAUCGCCAUGGGCCGCGACCGCGACACCGGCCACGUAUACCGCGACCCGGACUCGGGCCGUCCGCGCAUCGCCUACACGCCCUCAGACUUCGACCGCGCCCACAUCCUGCGCGGCGUGCUCGAGCUCUGCCGGAUCCUGUAUGCCCAGGGCGCAAGGGAGAUCCACCCGUCCAUCGCCGGUUUCCCGCCAUUCGUCCGCCGUGUCAAGGAGGAGGGGAAUGACGGAAAGAGCGAGAAGGAGAAGCAGGAGUUUGAAAGGUGGCUGAGCAAGUUGCAAAAGCAUGGCAACAAGCCCCCCGUGACGCCGUUUGCGUCGGCGCAUCAGAUGGGCACGUGCAGGAUGAGUGCGCGGGCGAAGGAAGGGGUUGUGGAUCACCGCGGACGGGUCUGGAGUACCGAGGGGCUGUAUGUGGCGGAUGCAAGUGUGUUCCCCAGUGCUAGCGGUGUGAAUCCGAUGGUGACGGUCAUGGCGAUUGCGGAUUGGAUUGGGAAGGGGUUGUGCGAAGACUUGAGGGGCGGGGGGGUGAGUGCGAAGUUGUAA